CGGAGCCGGCCAGGGGGCUGGGCCGCAGUGGCUCCCUCUCGGCCUGGCGGCUAAUAUGGAAAGGCCGGGGGCCCUGGCUAUCUUUGCAAGUGGAGCUGAGCCGUGCAGGGCCACGCACUCGGCUCUGAGUGGGGGAGCCAGGCCAAGGAAUGUGACACAUCAGAAGGCAGCUGCUACUUCAGGAGAGGGGGCAGAGACAGCUCGGUUCUGCCGGGCUCCACGGAGCGGGAGGGGGGACGCCAAGGUCGGAGGCCAGAGGGAGCCUGCGGGAGCGGUCGGGGGCGCAGGGAGCCGCGCCCCAGGUAGGCAGAGGAGCAGGUGCUGGGUCACGGAGCGGAGCUGGGGGUUGAGCUCGGCACGGUGCAGCUCCAGGCCUGGCGUGCGGCGUGGGCCCCCUCUGCAUGUCUGGCUCCACUGUGCAGGCAGCAACCUGAGACCCAGCCUAAAAAUAACCCUGCACUCACCCCCGGAGCUGCGACCUUCGGGGCUUCGUCCGGCUGGGCAGGCACCGAACCGAACGCCACCUGCACCGGGCAGCGGCCUUUCCUCCUCUUGCCCCCUGGCACGUGCCCAGCAGCCGGGGGCAGCCUGUGCGGCAAGAGGGAGAAACGGAUCGUGGGGGCUGCCCGGGGGUCCAUCUGCAGCUGCCUUGAGUCCAGGGCCCUGGGUACAGGCUCGGCAGGGUGCAGGGCUGCAAGUGGAAACCCAGUGAGGAUUGAAUUCAGCGGCCACGAGCCAUGCGUAGAGCCCAGGUGCAGAGCAAGCCGAGCACGGCUGGGGAGGAGGCCGGGGCGCUGGCAUGCACACUGGGGAGGCCCGGAGUGGCCCCUCCAAGUCCCGGCAUCCCCCCGAAGCGCGCCAAGGUCACGGCGGUGCCUGAAGCGGGGGCAGCUCGCCCAGCAGCCCCAGUCUUUGUGCGGAAGCUGAAGAACGCGGCCAUUGGCCCCGGCUGCGACAUUCGGCUGCGAGUGGCUGUGGCUGGGAGCCCCCAGCCCCGCCUGCGCUGGUACAAGAACGGGGCGCAAAUCCCCCCGCGGGGAGAGGAGUACGGCACCCUGUGGAUCCGGGACAGCAAGCUGGAGGACGCCGGCGUCUACACCUGUGUGGCCCAGAACGAGCAGGGCGAGACCAUGACCAGCGCCGUGUUGGCCAUCAUUGACAUGGAAGUUUUCCGCUCCUGCAGAAAGCAAAGCUACGACUCGGAGACAGGCGAGGACGACGCCAGCGACCCCCAGGGGACGCAGCGCAGGGAGCUCCAGGACGAGACGCCUUUCAGCUCCCCCACAGGGGAGUCGAACACGCUGGUGGACACCUCCAUGACCACGUCGGCGCUGGGCCUGUCGCAAGCGGAGGAGCGCUCCAGCUGGUCGGGCAGCCAGCAGACCGUGGUGGAGAAGGAGACGGAGCCCGGCCUCCCAGUGAGGGGGCCCUACCUGCGCCCCGGUGGCUGGCAGCCGCAGGGGACCCCAAGGCAAGCACACGCGCAGGCCCCCCGCGGCGCCGAGGUCAGGCACCUGGGGGUGGAGCCGCUGCUACGGGCGUCGCGUGCUAUUCUGGUGGGCACAAGCUGGGGGUCGGAGGAUAGCCUCUCGGUGGCCAGCGACCCCUACGGCAGCGCCUUCAGUCUGUACAGAGGACGGGCGCUCUCAAUCCACGUCAGCAUCCCCCAGGGCGGGUACAGGAGAGACGACCCCUUGGAGCUCUCCCCAAAGCCUCCAGCCCAGCCCCUGGCCUCCAAGCCACCUGUUCUCUGCCUGCCGUCUCCCAGGGUGGGCCAGUGCCCGGCCCAGCCGGCCAGCCGAGGUCCUGGCGUCCCCUCCCCCACGCCCCUGACGCCCCGCAAGACGGCCCUGAUGCCGGCGGAGUACCAGGACACGGUUCCCGAGGAGUACGAGGCGAAGGUCCGGAAGCCCAAGUCUCUGGGGUACUCGCAGGCCAGCACGCUGGAGUCCCGGCCCCAGACCCCGCUGAGCGAGACCUCCAGCCGAGUGUCCGUGCUGCGGCCCUCGCCCAAGCUGGCGCGCUCCGGCUCCAAGAUCUUCGAGAAGCUGAAGUACUUUGAGGAGCGCCGGAGGAGCCUGGAGCAGAGCGACAGCCCCCUCCCGGUCCACGCCUGGCUGCCCCUGCGCAAGACGCGCUCCUUCGACCAGCCCGACCUGGGCCAGCGCCCGCUCACGCCGGACGGCUCCCGGGAGGAGCUGCGGGCCGGGGUGCGGUCGGAGAUGGGCGGCCCGACGUGCCGGCGCCAGGCCUUCCGCCACAAGGCCGCCUCGUUCGACGAGCGGGGCCACUUCGCCAGCCGGGUCGGCGACAUCGAGCACAGGUUCUCCGAGGAGCUGAGCCGCAUCAAGAAGACCGUCUCCAAGCAGCAGCUGAUGAGGUCGCAGGAGCUGGCAAAGGCCCCCUCACCCCGGGGCCCCAGCCAGCUCUCUGCCCCCCGGGUGCUGGAGGCACAAGCCACCCCGGCCCCGAAAGACCAGGGGCUCAAGGCCCCGCCGCCUGUGGAGAACGCGUACGGCAUCCAGCAGCUAGCCCUGGCCAGCGUGGGGCUGGGGGGGCCCGGAGACGGGGCGGAGCGGGCAGCCACGCGGAAGCCACUGCUUCGGAGCUGCGCCCUGACGAGCCAGCCCCGGGAGGAGGCCAGAGCCAGGAGGAGUGAGGAGCCGGAAGGUGCUGAGGGCAAGAGGAAGGUGGAGCAGUGCCCCUUAUCGCAGGCCACUCUGCUGGGGCGAGGGGACCUGCCGGAGGCCAGGCCCCCCAAAGGAGUCGCAUGCCUGGAUGGGGGCCCGACGGUCGGGGUGAGAGCUUGCCGCGAUGGCAGGGCCCCCGGGGCUGGGAGCGAAGCCCUGACCACCAGGCCAGCAGGCCAGCACGGGCCACAUAGGAGGCGGGACGCGGGCCAGGAGGUGCGGUUCUUACCCUGGGCCAAGCCCGCGCCGGAGCCUGGAGCCGGCCUGGAGGGGGCCAGGGCAGGGCUGCGUGGCACAGGCAGGGAUGCCGAGCAAAGGCAGCUGAAGGUCACAGAGAAGAAGGAAGGUGCCCGGCUGGCUCAGGAAGGGAGAAGCACCCGGAGCAAGGGGAAAGGCCGCCGGCCCCGGCCCACCUCGCCAGAGCUAGAGUCAUCCGACGAUUCGUACGUCUCCGCCGGCGAGGAUCCCCUGGAGGCCCCGGUCUUCGAGAUCCCCAUCCAGGACGCUGUGGUGACGGUGGGCGCAGAGGUGCUGCUGAAGUGCAUUGUCACUGCCAACCCCAUGCCCGAAGUGUCCUGGAGGAAGGACGGCGCCCUGCUGAGGGGCAGCGCCUGGCGCCCCAUCAAAGUGGAGGGUGAGCGCCACACCCUGCUGCUGCAGAGCGCCCGGGGGGCCGACGCCGGCCUGUACACGGUCACGGCGGCCAACGAGGUGGGGGAGUCGUGCUGCAGCGCCAGGCUGACUGUGCAGCCGG